AUGCUCACAUUUGCAGGUGAUCCCACUCGAUUUGAAGAUGCUGUAAAGAGUGAGAAAUGGAGAAAAGCCAUGGAUGUAGAAAUAGAAGCAAUUAGCAGAAACGAUACUUGGAAAUCGAUAGAAUUACCCGAAAAUGGAAAGAUUAUUGGAGUGAAAUGGGCUUACAAGACCAAAUUUAAUGAAAAUGGAGAAAUAGACCAGCACAAGACAAGGUUAGUGGUGAAGGGAUAUUCUCAGCAACAAGGUGUAGAUUAUACUAAAGUAUUUGCUCCCUGCGGCAAGAAUGGAAGCAAAUCGUUUGGUGGUGGCACUUGCAGCUCAAAGAGGACGGUUCAUGUAUCAAUUAAAUGUAAAGUCUCCAUUUUUAUCUAG